AUGAUGCCGCACAUCACAGAGAUCAAGAUGGCCAUGCGCAUGCCGAUGCCGCCCGCCGACAUCGGCGAGAGCGUCACCGCCGGCAACGGCUCUAGUGACCUUUCCAGGAUCUUCUCCAUGAGCUACUGGAAGGACACCAACUCCAGCAUCAUGUUCUUCACGCCUGGCCGCAAGAAGGCCAAGUUGUUCGGCGACAGCGAUGACGGCAUGGUCACCAGCUUCAGCAACAUUGACUCCCAGGAAAGAACAAGCAUCAACAAGAGGGUAAGGAGGCUGCAAAACCUCAUGACCAACAUGGACAAGGUCAUUGUGCGGUACAGAAACUUUACUCUGAAUUUGUCACUACAGGUUGACCAACGGGUGGACCGGUGCCGGCGUGAGGAUAGGGCCGGUGGAUGGAACAGAAGACAGUGGACGAUAUUGACAUUGGAGAACGGGCGCAUCUCCAUAGGUGGAAGUUUAUUUACCUGGACGAUGUUGGGGAUAUUCUGUGGCCCAAGUUCCCUACAGAAUAAUGCCCAGUCUAAUCUCAAUAGUGGGCAUGAUAGCCUCAAACUUCUCUUUUCAACAUUGAAGAAGCGGUUUACUCGGAUCAGUGGGCAUGCACUUAGAAAACGAAACUGCUAUGCAGACGAUGCACUACAUGCACGACAGCUGCACGAUGUCAAUCUAGCCAUCUGUUGCACUUAG